AUGUCCCUCAAGCGCAAAGCUUCGUUCACAGCUCUCCCGACCAGUCCCUCAGUUCCGGCCCCCAAUGAAUGGGGCAUGGGGACUGGGAGCACACAUCUCCAUAGUCGGACGCGAAAGCGCUUCAGAGACGAUCGUCCCAGUGACCAAGUGAUUUACCAGAACACCCUACGAUGGAUCUUCUCCGCCCAAAAGCAGCAGGAGUCUACACAGGCCACCGAUAUGGAUACAAUGGACUCGGAGCCGACUCUCGAAAUACCAGAAGCCGUUGACCCCCGACAGCAAACAUUACACCGAUUCUUCCAACAAACACCCCAGCAAUCAUCGUCUUUCCGACCAUCCCGUCAAGCGCUUGCACCCCGUGCCAAUGAGACUGCGCUCACCCAGGAGGAUCUCCUGCGUCGACAGGCGUUUAAUCAGAUGAGCCCCGGAGACAGCUCGAGCGAGAGCAACAGUCCCGGAUCCAAUCAGAUGGGUGCUGAUGUAGACAUGGACAUGGACAUGGAUAGCAGAAGCGGUAGUGAUGGAUUGGUGCAGGCGCCCAAGAACUGGGUAGGAGGAAUGGCCUGGAUGUAA